AUGGAGACAUCUGAUGCACCCAGAGAGGCCUCUUAUCCGCCUCUGGGGACAGUAGCCAAUGGGUUUUCAGCCAGCCAUAGCGAAGGGACUUCCGGGUUGCAAGAAGCGAUCUUUGGCCCACGAGGCAUCACGUCUCUCACGGUAGAUCCAUUGGAUUUGGCGGAUCAAAGCCGAGGUCGAGCACAAAAUUCAAAUCGACCUUUAACCGCGUCGACGAAGAAUUUCAAUGCGCUUAAGCCUUCACGGUGGCGAACGCCAGAGUAUCUCUUCUAUGGCCUAAUUUUCAUUGUCAUAGUACCAUAUAUGGCAUGGAUACCGGUACAAUUGAGUCAAUACGACAACCCCAAUUUCCCGAAAUAUAGCAAUCAUCUCAAGCAAGGGUGGCUUUUCGGGCGUCGCAGAGAUGACAGCGACUUCCAAUAUCGCACAUUUAGAGACUAUGUUCCUUUGCUCGCAGCUAUGAUGAUCAUCUAUGUUGGCAUCUCCUGCCUUGUUGAGAAAAUAGCUGCGCCUGAAGGGGGUAGGUAUGCUCAAGUAGGCGAAGGGGCGCCAAAUAAAGGCCCUAGGCCGGGUCGCAAGCUGUUUCUUGCGGCUUUUACAGCCAUCUUUGUCCUGGCGCUACACGGCACGAAUACGCUCAAAUUAGUGUUCUGCUGUGCCCUCAACUACAGCGUCGCAAAAGCGCUUGGUGGGACCGUGUUUGCUACACCUGCGAUCUGGACAUUCAACAUUGGAAUUCUCUUCGCCGUUCACUACUAUAAUGGCGUUGACCUAGGCCAACUUGGCCUUUCCUUUUCUCUGCUGGACGGAUUCAAGGGCCUGCUUCCACGGUGGCAAAUCAAUUACAAUAUUACCAUGCUUCGACUCGUCUCUUUCUCGCUCGAUUUUCACUGGGCCAGACAAGCUGUCUUUUCAGGCGCAUACGUCUCCGAGAACCGAGCAACACAAGGAGAUUCCAAGGAACGAGGGUUAAAAUCGCAUCCCUUGGAAGACUACAACUUUUUCAACUACCUCCUCUAUUCUCUGUAUCCUCCACUCUUUAUUGCAGGGCCAAUCAUGACCUUCAACGAUUUUCACGGCCAGCUGCUGUCACCGGUCGCAAUUACUCGAUCGACGACAGUAUCUUAUGCGAUCAGGUUCGUUUUCUGCCUUAUGACGAUGGAGUUCAUACUCCACUUCAUGUACGUGAACGCCAUCAAGGACUCAGAAGCCUGGGUCGGCGACACGCCGCUCCAGCUCAGCAUGAUCGGAUUCUGGAAUCUGAUCAUUGUCUGGCUCAAGCUCCUCAUCCCAUGGCGCUUCUUUCGCUUGUGGGCGAUGGCUGACGGCGUAGAUGCGCCAGAGAACAUGAUCAGGUGCAUGGCGAACAACUACUCUACGCUCGGCUUUUGGCGCUCCUGGCACCGCAGCUACAAUCUAUGGAUCGUGCGGUAUAUCUACGUGCCAGUUGGCGGAGCCAAGCGCGCCAUACCUGCCACGUUGCUGGUCUUCACGUUUGUCGGUCUAUGGCACGACCUCAGCUUGAAGCUCCUUACUUGGGCUUGGCUUGUCUCAUUCUUUAUCGUGCCAGAACUGGCGUGUAGGGCAAUCCUACCUGAGAAGAAGUUUGGACAGCGAUGGUGGUACCGUCACGUUUGUGCUGUCGGCGGCGUGCUCAACGUCCUAAUGAUGAUGACGGCGAAUCUUGUAGGAUUCGUUAUUGGGGUGGACGGCAUCAAGUACAUGUGGGAGCAAAUACUAGGGUCGACAGACGGCAUGACAUUCCUGCUCGGGGCGUGCGCAACACUCUUCGUGGGCGUGCAGGUCAUGUUCGAGUAUCGUGAGGAGGAACUGCGUCGGGGGGUCAAACGUAAGUGCUAGUGCACGCUCGCUGAACCUGCAAAGCACCAUGUAAUUAGCCCAUGCUCGUCCAUUAGGCCUCAUUUCUGCAUACAAUGUA